AUGAGCGAAGAUCAAAAUUGGAUUCUCAAAUCUGGAAAAUGUGUUGAGGACACGAUUUUUAGACACUCUAGGAUAUUACCUACCGAAACAUACUUGCACUCAUGGAUUAUUGAUAUUAGAGACGAAGACACGGAAAGUUUAUUUACCGUAGAAGAGUGGGAUGAAAUUAAGAAUGAAGACUUAAAAUUCCCUGAAGUGGACGAAGCAUUCACAGAAUCUAUGAUGAGAUUUGCCAAU